CAUCCAAUUUAGAAUUUUACCAUUUAGAGAUGCUCCAAGGGGUUAUAUUUUGGACGAAAAUCUCCUUAAACAGUUCAAUAGUUUUUGUUUUUUGUUUUUUGUUUUUUGUUUUCCUACUCUCUCUCUAACCUCUCAAUCUCCUUUCGCCACCAUAACCCACCUCCGCCACUGCCACUACAGUCCAUUCCAUCCAACCCUUCUAUAUCUCUCCACUCACCGCCGCCGCCACCAGCAAAAUGGAAAUUGGGCUUUUGUAAGGUUUAAUUUAUUCAUGUCACUUACGAGUCAAUGUUCCUGGACAUAUAAUGAGAUGCGUAGACCACUCAGCUUCAGACCUUCCAUAGUUCAGACCUUCUCCACACAUUUGCACACAGGUUUCUCUGAUAUUAGCAGAAAAAUCACCACUCACCCAUCUUUCAUGGCAAGCGUUUCGACCCAACAAGAGCCCGUUUCGACUCAGGAUGGGUCGAUUCAGAAGACCCAUCAACCCUUACAGUGGUAGAUGGUGGUUGGAAAUUUUCUGAACCCCCCUUAAGAGAUAGCUGGGAAGAUUUUGGUGUGUUAAAAAGCUGAAGUUAUUUGGGACAUGAAUGCAGUAAGGUGUCAUGGAAGUUGGAGUAGCAGAAUAAGUUAGUGAUGCGUAUUUCUGAUUAAAAACCAAAAGAGUUGCAACUUGAUUUCCUCCUCUCUCAAAUAACUUCCAGAACAUUUACUCACAUGAAGUUUUGUUUUUGUCUUCUCCUUUCUGAUGUGUUGGAUCCUCUAUAAUUUUAUUGCUAAAUACUGAGCAAAGUUUUUCAUUAUUUUGCUUCCUAAAACCAUAUAACAAUGUUAAAGAACUUGGAAUCCAUACUGCGAGUUACCGGCAAUAAUAUUACUUGUAGCAUUCAGCCACUUCUUCUUCCUUACUUCAAGAAUGAACAGUCAAGCAAUGAUUAUAUACGCUACUUGUGCAAGCAAAAACUUUUCAAAAAGGCUCUUGAGGCAUUUGAUUACUUGCGAAAUAAUACGAAAUUUGACGUAAAGGUUAGCACCUAUGCCCAUCUGAUCUCUGCCUGCUCUUCUUUGAGAUCUCUAGAACAUGGCAGAAGAAUUCAUAACCAUAUUCUGGCAUCCAACUGUCAGCAAGACAUGAUUCUUCAGAAUCGCAUUCUUAUCAUGUAUGGAAAAUGUGGGUCACUGAAGGAUGCUCAACAGAUUUUUGAUGAAAUGCCUGAGCGAAACGUGGUUUCCUGGACUUCAGUAAUCACUGGGUACUCACAGAAUGGCCGAGGAAAUGAUGCAAUUAAAUUGUAUUUUAAAAUGCGGCAGUCAGGCCUUCUGCCGGAUCACUUUGCUUUUGGAAGUAUAAUAAAGGCUUGCUCAAGCUUGAGUGAUUUCGAGUUAGGGAGGCAGUUGCAUUCACAAACCAUCAAAUCAGAAUGUAGUUCCCACCCGAUUGCACAAAAUGCUCUAAUUGCAAUGUACACAAAGUUUGGUCGAAUAAUUGAUGCAUUUGAGGUGUUUUCUCAUAUUGCUAUGAAGGAUUUAAUCUCAUGGAGUUCGAUGAUUGCGGGGUUUACGCAACAAGGUUAUGAAUUAGAAGCCUUGGACCAUUUCAAAGAGAUGCUCUCUCAGGGUGCAUACCAGCCAAAUGAAUUUAUUUUCGGCAGUGCUUUUAGUGCUUGUGGCAGCCUGCUACAACCAGAAUAUGGGAGGCAGAUACAUGGGAUGAGUAUAAAAUAUGGGCUAGAGAGAGAUGCUUUCACUGGUUGCUCCCUCAGCAACAUGUAUGCAAAGUGUGGUCUACUGCAUUCUGCAAGAACUGUAUUCUAUCAGAUAGAUCAACCUGAUUUAGUGUCAUGGAAUGCCAUUAUUGCAGGGUUUGCUUAUGGUGGUGAUGCUGGCGAAGCCAUAUCAUUUUUUUCAUCGAUGAGACAUCUGGAGUUGACCCCAGAUGACAUCACAGUUCGGUCCUUACUUUGUGCUUGCACAAGUCCAUUUGGUCUCUAUCAAGGUAAGCAGGUGCAUUCCUACAUUAUUAAGAUGGGUUUUGAUUCAGAUGUCCCAGUGUGCAACACUUUACUUACCAUGUAUGCAAAGUGUUUGGAAGUCUGUGAUGCAUUUAAGAUAUUUGAGGAGAUUAAAAACAAUGCUGAUUUGGUUUCUUGGAAUGCAAUUCUUACUGUUUGUAUGCAUCACAACCUAUCUGAAGAGGUUUUCAGAAUAUUAACAUUGAUGCGUAUUUCUCACAAUAAGCCUGAUCACAUCACUUUAGCUACCACACUUGGAGCUUGUGCAGAAAUGGCCUCUUUGGAAAUGGGAAAUCAAGUUCAUUGCUAUACCAUGAAAACCGGAGAUGAGCUUGACCUCUCUGUCAAGAAUGCAUUAAUUGACAUGUAUACAAAGUGUGGAUCCCUUGGAAGUGCUCAAAAGCUCUUUGAUUCCAUGGAAAAUCCUGAUGUCGUCUCUUGGAGUACUUUGAUUGUGGGAUAUUCUCAGUCUGGAUGUGGAGAAGAAGCUCUUAAGCUCUUUGGUAGAAUGAGAAGUUUGAGUGUUGAGCCUAACCAGGUAACAUUUGUUGGGGUCCUUACUGCCUGUAGUCAUGUUGGACUUGUAGAGGAAGGGUGGCAGUUGUACAGAACCAUGGAAAUGGAGCAUGGGAUUACACCGACAAGAGAACACUGUUCAUGUGUGGUUGACUUGCUUGCUCGUGCUGGACGCAUAAAUGAAGCAGAGGACUUUAUCAAUCAAAUGGAAAUUGAUCCUGACAUUGUGGUGUGGAAGACUCUGCUAUCUGCCUGUAAGACCCGUGGAAAUCUUGAGGUUGGAAAACGCGCUGCGGAGAGUAUUCUAAAAAUUGAUCCUUCAAAUUCUGCUGCUCACGUGUUACUUAGCAACAUAUAUGCUUCCAGUGGCAGUUGGGAUGAUGUUGCCAGACUGAGGAGCUUGAUGAGACAAAGGGGUGUCAGGAAAGCUCCAGGUCAGAGCUGGAUUGAAGUUAAGAACAGGAUCCAUGUUUUCUUAGCUGAAGAUGGUUUGCAUGCAGAAAGGGACAAAAUAUACGCCAUGCUAGAAGAGCUGUGGUUGCACAUACUGGAUGCUGGAUAUAUUCCAUUACAGAAAUAGGUUUCAACUGAAUAAUUGCAGUUGUAACAACAGCAAUACAGUUAUAUCCAGCUCUUCAGGUUUUUUUGAAGGAGAUCCUUGGUUUCCGGGAGGUUCCAGUUUAAACUGGAAUUUCUAUAAAGGUACGGACUACUUUAUCAUAUCUGGCUAUGGCUUCUAAUAUCGGUAAUUCUGGAGAUUUGUAGACGAUGGUUAGAAUUUUUAUAAAAGUUGAAACUUGAGGCUCUACUUAUGAAGCACAAAGAUGAUGUCUAUGCGUAAAAAAUGGAAGUGAGAGAAGUAUCUUAAUGAAAUAAAGAAAAGAAGACUUGGGUUAGGGUUUGAGGGCAAGACAACAAUUGUCAAUUUGUGGAGUGGAAUGACUCCUAUGCGAUCAGUUCGUGCGCUAAAUUUUACUUGUUAAAUAACUGCGCAGAAAUUGCUUCAUAUGCAGAUGCACACAAGGCUGAACUUGAGAAUGAAAACAAGGAUAAUGUACAAUUAAGACACGCAAAAGAAUUUUCGAGAUGGUUGGGAACACAAGUAAGUCCUAAAUGAACUUCAUACCCCUAUUAUUUGUUUUAAAUGUGGUAUCCCUAUGCAUUUAUUUAAUGUUCUAAUUUUUUUUAGUAGAUAAAGGAAGAGCGUCAUCGUCAAGAGUUAGAAAUUAGUGAUGACCUGUAUUCAUUAGCUUGUGGACCCGAUUUUCAGAUAAAUUGAUAUUCUGGUUGUAUUGUGAAUGGGGUCAGGUUUCAUACAAAGGAAAGGGAGAAAUAUCGAAAAAACUUAGAAUAGUGGUGUGUUAGUCAAAUCAGAGGACAUUGAUUACUAUGGUGUCUUGACAGAUGUCAUUGAGUUACAAUAUCCUCUUAAGAGACGGGUAAUCCUAUUUAAAUGUGAUUGGUUCAACACAAGGACAUGUAUUAAGAGGGAUACUUAUUUCAAGAGCGUAAAUGUAGCCCGUAAAUGGUACAAAGAUGAGCCUUUUGUGUUGUCUAAUCAAGCAAAACAAGCCUUCUUCGUCAAAGACACCAAAUUACGUGGCGCGUGGGAGGUCAUUCAAGAUAUAACACAUAGAAGCUCGUAUGAUGUUCCCGAAGUGGAGGAUAACAGUAGAGUUGAGGAUGAAAUGUAUACUACAACAUAUCAAAAGGACUAACCAUGCGUUGUGGAUAUGGUUGUUGAGGCGACCAACUUUGACAUGGAUCCACCAACUUUGAAUAGGGAUGGCUUGGAGGUUGAAAGUCUUGAUGCUGAAAUAAUUCUACAAAGUAAUCAAGAAUCUCGUCAUGAAAUUGACUCUUUUGACAAUGAUGAUGAAAUCUUCAUUGAAGACAGUUCAGACGAUGAAGAAGAAGAUGAUACUGAUUUGGAUUAAAUGUGAAUUUUUUUUUUUGUGUUUUUUAUUGAACCCAUGCAAAUUGAAAUGUUGAAGUUGGUUAAAUUUGUCUUCAGUAUUUAGCUUUGAGUUUUAGAAUACGUGUUUUAUUUUUUUGAGUUAUUAUUAAUCUCUUUUGCAGUCACGUGAUCUAAUUUUUUUCUUUCUUUUAAUUAUCUAUUGUUUGGCUAUUUUGAUUCUUUCCUUUGCUACUUAAUUUUUAUUUUCUUAUCUAUCUGUUUCAUAACAUGUUAUAAAAGAUUUGAUUCUCUUAUUGCUGUAAUCUACUAUGGCGUCCAAUCGUCGAUCCUUGAGAUCCAACAAUGACCCCAAAACAUUCAUAGAUCUUCCCAGCCACAACCAGCAGUGGAAGAUGAUUAUUUAUGAUCUUUACAUUUACGAAAUUUGUCCUUACAUUUGAACUUGGUCCCAAAAUACUCCUACGUGUUACUCUCAUGAAUUUCAUUUUUCAGGUCCUUCAAGAAAUGUUAAGAGGCGUGGCAAAGCUGUAAACCAAAAAAAAAAAAAAAAUUGAAAUUAAAAAGCGCAAUGGGGGGAUUGUUCCGAUUAAGUUUACAGACGGUUAUUUGAAACUAGUGGAGGAAAAUUCAGAUAUUUGGGAGAGAGAGCUUGGGAUGAUUGCUCGUGAAUAUAUACCACUAUGCUAUGAGACUUGGCCAGAGGUCCCAGACUAUCAUAAAAAGUUCUGUUACACUAAAAUAAUGGAGUAAUUCGGAGUUGACUGCAAUUUUAAUGAAAAAGCAAAGAAGGGUGCAAAUCUCUCAUUGGCCAUUGCUCAUAGAAAGUACAUGAACCGUUUGAAAGAUCAUUUUAACAAGUACGAGACAGGAGAGUGCACGCCGCAGCCCACACUCUCGUGUAACCUACGAGGACUGGCAAAUCAUGUGCGAUAGGUGGAUGACAGACAAAUUUCAGGAAAUUAGUGCUAGAAACAAAGAAAACAGGGGAAUGGUAGAAAUGUUACAUUCUGCUGGGUGAAAGUCCUUUGUCAAAAUUCAUUAUGAGUUGAAAGAAGCUGAUUUAAAUGAUGAACAUAGCGGUGAAGACGAUGAACAUCAUCUCGAAGGACCUGCCAUCAAAAUGUACAAGAAAACACAUUACAAGGAAGAUGGUGGAUGGAUUCAUGAUGAUGCUUGCAAAACAUAUUUGAGUUUUGAAUUUUUUUCCCCAUAGAAAUAAUUGUCAGGUUUUAUUAAUUUCGCUGGGAUUUUAUCAUGCUUUCUUUUAUGAAAAAAAAAAAGAGAUUAUCUUUCCCUUUUUUUUUUUUUGUGUGUGUGUGUAUAUGAAGUUGACCUUAAAGUCAGUUGGUGAUAUAUUUACUUCUCUAUAUUUACAUUUUUUUUUUUUUUUUAGCGUAGGAGUUGGGAUUUUGGAAAAGUCUGAUGUAGAUUGGUUUUAUCCCUUUAGUGGGAAGGGUUUAAAUUUUGCUAACAGAAAAUGGUUUAAAGGUAUGAAUGAACAAGUAGAGAUAUGAUUUUAAAUCUCACCUUGAAUGCUAUGUUUUUUAACUUAAACCAGUGGCUUUGUCACUCUUAUAUGACAUAUUUAAAUUCCAAUAUGCUUCAAAAGCACUUUGUGCAUCUCAUGCAAAUAAUCUUAAGGUAACUUUUGUAUUCAUCUCAUGCCUUCCAGCACCCUGGGUUGACCAGACCAACAUAAUGAUAUCGUAGGCACAUCCAUAUUUGAAUAACCAUAUGAUAUCGUAGUAUAUACCUAAAUAUUUUAGUAAUGAAUUGAACUUGUGAAGAUGUCACUCCUUUCUACAGAGAAAAUUUUCUGUUUCCUUCGAGGAAGGAAGGAAGGGAGGGUGGGGGGAAGGGAGGUGUGUUUGUGAUAGUAUAUGGACUUAAUUGUUGGAUAUUCAUUCAUCUUGAGAAUGUGAUGGUUCUAGUUUUAAUAAGUUUGUGAUAUAGUAUUAUAAAUAUUUUAGUAAUGAGUUGAACUUGUAAAGAGGUUAUUCCUUUCUGCAGAGAAAAUUUUCUUUCUUGUGUUUCCUUCAAGGAAGGAAAGGAAGGGAGGUGUGUUUGUGAUAGUAUGAGUGUGUUACAAUAUCAUUAUUACCCUUGUGGCAAAUUGUGAGGAAUGCAUCUAUUGAUGGUUUGAUUGUUCAAGGUAAUCUCUAUCUCCCACUUUCAUCCCCAGGGAAAAUGGGAAAAAAAUUAGUGGACUGGUCCAGCCUUCAACUUUAUUUUGCUAUUUUCGGAGUGUUUUGUAAAUUUGUCACCCUUUUAAAACCAUUUCUUAGGCUAUUAUGGAUGCUUCUUUGUUUCAGUUAAAUUGCAGUGAAAUAGAAGGGUAUGUCCCCAAUUUUUUUUUUCCCCAGAUUUUAGUUGCCUUCUUUAAGUUGUCUUAUUUGUUACAAGGAUAAAUAUAUUAGACUGAAUUCACCUUAGUUACCAAGCAGAUUUAGGAGGGGUUUUUGUUUGGUCCAUGAAGUGUUGAAUAGUGGCUUUUUUGUUAUAGGGAUAAAUAUACUUCAACUGAAUUCACAUUAAACCAAACAGAUUCAGAUUUAAUUUUUUGUUUAGUCCAAUAAAUUAUUCACAACAAAGUGGUUCAUAACUUUGUUUGGGAUUCUGUUUCUUGGAUAUAGAAUGAUUCUUAGUGAUGUUAGCAGCUUUUGAGAAUGUCAUUUUGUUUGCUGGACUAAUUUUUUUCCACCAUAGAUUUGAGUUUUCAUUUUUCAAGUGCAGAUUGAAUAUGAGAUUAAGUUCAAGUUUUGAUGUUCUAGUUUUUUGAUUGAAUACUCGUGUUUGAUAUGACCAUGUGCAUUUUCAGUUAGAAGUUUAUGUCCCGUACCAGCUUUUGUUUAAUUGGCGUAUGAACUAGUACAAAAUAUUAUUGAUGCAUCUUUCAGAGUACUUACUGUAGUAUUACAUAUGCUUAUAUAUAGUUCUAGCAUCUUGAUUUUAGUAAAAGUAUGAUGUGUUGGUGGAUGAGUGGUGAAAAUUUAAAGUAAAGUGCUUUGUUAAUUAUAGUAUGAUGUGUAUGGAGAUGGCUGAUAAUUGUUCUUCAUUUAAUUUACUUCAUUGAUUUUGCAAAAUGCAGGACAAAAUGGUGGCCCAAUCAUUAGAUCCAUCUGUUUAUGUGGAUGCUAGUAGUUCAGUCCCGGUGGAGAGCAGAUUUUGGAGAACUGUCUUGGAACAGGAAAGGGUACAUAUUUUCGUGGCUUCGGUUAUGGAAAGAAGGCUCCAACAGCAUCCUCAAGUCGUAUGAGGAUGACAAAUGCAGAGUGGGAGGCAGAGUUGGAGGCUGAAAGGAGGAAGGUUAAUAGAGCUGAACAAAAAUGUGAUGAAAUGAUGGAGUCAAGGCAACUGUGAAAGGUAUUUUGGAGAUUUGCUUUUAAUUAAAAUUCUUGUAGUGCGUGUAAAGGUACUAAAAAGAGACUAAAAUCCCCUCCAGGGCAGUGGAGAGUAUCAGAGUCCAUUGAAAAGGGUGGGGAGACUCCUCAUUUGAGACCAAGUAAUGAAGAGUUACAUAUUAGACGUGUGUAAUAUAUGAAAAUAAAAUUUCCAAUUUUUGGAAUUGCAGAAGGCACUUUUUGAAAACUUGACAACAUGUGAUUAACAUACCUUGGACAUUGAA